CCAGCCGUCAGCUGACCGAGGCGGCGGCGGCGGCGGCGGCUUCUGUGGGACAGCAGUCGGCGUCGCAGGCUCCGGCGCCGAGGGUCGCGGGCGCGUUCGCUCCCGGUGGGCGAGGCGGGGGCCGGGUAGCACCAUGGCGACCACCGUCAGCACGCAGCGCGGGCCGGUGUAUGUCGGCGAGCUCCCGCAGGACUUCCUCCGCAUCACGCCCACGGCCACGCAGCAGCAGGUGCAGCUGGACGGGCAGGCGGCCCAGCGGCUGCAGUACGGAGCGGCGGCGGGCACGGUGGGCCGCCUCAGCAUCACUGUGGUGCAGGCCAAGUUGGCGAAGAAUUACGGCAUGACCCGCAUGGAUCCGUACUGCCGACUGCGCCUUGGCUACGCAGUCUACGAGACGCCCACCGCCCACAACGGUGCCAAGAAUCCUCGCUGGAAUAAAGUCAUCCAGUGCACGGUGCCCCCGGGCGUGGACUCCUUCUACCUGGAGAUCUUCGACGAGCACCUGGGCACCCAUAUCCCUCAGCGGGCCUUCUCCAUGGACGACCGCAUCGCCUGGACGCACGUCACCAUUCCCGAGUCCCUGAAGCAGGGCAAGGUGGAGGACGAGUGGUACAGCCUGAGCGGCCGGCAGGGCGACGACAAGGAGGGCAUGAUCAACCUGGUCAUGUCCUACACGUCGCUGCCGGCCACCGUGAUGAUGCCGCCUCAGCCUGUGGUCCUGAUGCCCACCGUGUACCAGCAAGGCAUCGGCUACGUGCCCAUCACAGGUGUUCCUGCCGUGUGCAGCCCCGGCGUGGUGCCCGUGGCCCUGCCCUCGGCAGCCGUGAGCGCCCAGCCCCGCUGCAGCGAGGAAGACCUGAGAGCCAUCCAGGACAUGUUCCCCAACAUGGACCGGGAGGUGAUCCGCUCCGUGCUGGAAGCCCAGAGAGGGGACAGGGACGCAGCCAUCAACUCCCUGCUCCAGAUGGGCGAGGAGUCCUAGAGCCCCAGCCGCCACGUGGCCUCGGCCCUCCCGACGUGCUGGCCCGGCCCCUCCCCCCCCCUCCUGUGAAGGAGCCCCGUGUAGCCUUUUCUCGGGCGUGUGUAGUCCCAGUCCUCACCUUCGUGUGGGAUGCAUGUGGGUGGUUGGUCCCCGGCCGCUGGGCCCUUCGUCGCUCAGGGUGGGUGUGCGUGACUCUCCUCCUGGCUUCGUUGGGAGCAGAGUGGGCACGUGGGCCGUGUCCUGUGUACGCACACUCGCCCUCCUGCCACUUGGGGACAAGUGUCUUCAAGGGCCAUGGGCUCCUUCUCCGCACGCUGUCCCAAGAUCGCUCUCUACAAGCAUCUGCCUCUGCCAACGCUUUAGAAAGUGUCGCUGUUCUCCGGGUUUGAUUAAUGGCAUGCAGUUAGUUUACUUAACCGGGGUAGACCUAUUAUUUCAGGCACAUAGAACAUUAACAGCCAAUUUGGGUUAUUUUUACAACUUUCAACCUUAAAAUUCACAUUCUUCCGUGGAUGUUCCUUGUGUGUGGUUCUGGGCUGUUCACCAGUGUCUUGGGCAGACCGACUUCGUGUUGCCCGCCCAGCGGCAGGGUCUGCACAGAUGCAGAUCACACUGGAUCCGGGGGCCGCUGAGCCCAGCAGCCCGCCUGUCCCCACCCGCAGGCUCUGGAGCAGGGCCGUCCUACGCCCCGGGGACCCCAUGAUGCCUUUUCCUGCUGUGUCUCCUGCCAACUCUGUGGGGUGUGACUCCGAGGGCUUGCCGCACCAUCCUCUGACCAACUCUUGGAACAGAACCUUGAAACUGGGAGUAAAAAGUGGUAGGUCCAGUA